UCGUCAGCCGCCGCCGGGCUCGGGCGGGGCAUGCGCAGUCCGGCGGCGGCGGGUUCCGCUUCGCGUGUGCCCGCCAGGUGGUCCGGCGGAGGCGGCGACCGCGCCCCCCCCAUGGCCCGGCGGAGGGCGGCCCCGCUGUCCCUGCCCGGCUGCCCGUACUCGGUGUCGGUGGUGCAGGAGGGCUACUGCCGGGCGCAGGCGGACGGCUCCACCCUGGCGGACGGGACGGUGUCGCUGGUGCUGGGCCCGCGCCUGACGCUGGUGGACACGGGCGGGCCCUGGGCCCGGGAGCGGCUGCUGGCGGGCCUGGCGGAGCGGGGGGUGUCCCCGGGCGAUGUCCGCCACGUGGUGUGCACCCACGGCCACUCGGACCACGCCGGCAACCUCAACUUGUUCCCGCGGGCCGAGCUGAUCGUGGGCACGGACGUCUGCCAGCCGGGGGGCCGCUACCUGCCCACGGGGCUGCGUCGGGGAGCUCCCUACCCGAUCCACGCGGGACACCUGGAGGUGCUGCCCACUCCCGGCCACACGGGGAGCGACGUCAGCCUGUUGGUGCGGGGCACUUCCCUGGGCAGCGUGGUGGUGGCCGGAGACCUUUUCGAGCACCAGGACGACGAGGAGGAAUGGGCGGCCCUGAGCGAAGACCCCGCCCGGCAGGCCGAGAGCCGAGCCCGCGUCCUGGCCAUCGCCGACGUCGUUGUGCCGGGCCACGGGGCUCCGUUCCAGGUGUUGAGGGAGGGUGCGAGCUGAUGGCAGCGUUCAAUAAAGGGUUGAAUCAGG